UAUGUGUGACAUGGCACCAGAGUUAAGUUAGAGUUUUUCAAAAUGCUGACAUGCCGAGCUCAAAAGGUUCGUCAACACUGGGCUAUAAGCUAAGCCAGUUAACACAGAUGCAUAAAGGUACCACAAACAAAAUCAGCCAUGAGUCCUAACCUGCAGAGAACUUGAGUUAAGGAUUAAUGUUCAGAAGUCCUAAAUUGUUGUUUAAAUAUAAACUCUGUCAUUAACAUGGUGGCUUUAGCAAAUUAUUUCACUUCUUUUACCCUCAGCUUUCUGAUCUUUAAAACCGAUGCAAACAAUCUAUAUUUGCCUCAUAGUAUUGUUUUGACUAUUUAAUAAAAAUGGAAAGUGUUAGGUGAAUAAUAAUGACUAGAUAAAAUAGCUAUAAGUAUUAUUACUCUUACAUAAGUCAAUUUUGCUGUAAAAACAUAGAGAAAAUUAAAUUACGUUUAAGGCUUUAGAGUGCCCACCAAGUUGGACUAUCUGUUUUGCAAUUAUCUGCGACUGGUCAUAAGAGGACCUAGUGAGAAUCAGUGUAACCAAAAACACUAAUCAGAAGACUAAUCAAAGUCCAAGUCCUACUAACAACCAUUUUCAUUUGGAUUUGUUUUCCUCUUAUAAGAUGUUAAUCUAAAAAAAGCCACUCAACUAAAUGAGCAUCUGUUUGCUACUGCUGAUCUGGAAAGUGCCAUGAGAAUAAAACAUAAUCCUGGCCCAAAUGUGUUCUGAUUUCCAGGGUGACAACCAAAAUGACUCCUGGAUCUUUGCCCUGGCAAUACUGCUGAGCAGCACCUUUGUGUACAAUAGCAUGGGGACCAUAAACCAGCAGGCCAUGGACCAACUGCACUAUGUGACAGAGCUGACAGAAAAAAUAAGGGCAAAAUCUUCACCUGAUGCAAAUGAGGUUGAGGAUUCAGCUGACUUUGUGAGCUUCUUUCCAGAUUUUGUGUGGACACUGAGGGAUUUUUCCCUAGAAUUGGAAGCAGAUGGGCAACCCAUCUCAGCAGACGAGUACCUGCAGAUUUCACUCAAACUCAAGCAAGGUACCAGUCCCAAAGAUAAAAAUUUUAACCUGCCCCGACUUUGUAUCCGAAAGUUCUUCCCGAAAAAGAAAUGCUUUAUCUUUGAUCGGCCCACUCAUCGGAAGAAGCUAGGCCAACUUGAGACAAUGCAUGAUGAUGAGCUGGACCCCGAAUUCGUGCAACAAGCUGCUGACUUCUGUUCCUACAUCUUUAGCAAUUCCAAAGUCAAAACUCUUUCAGGAGGCAUCCAAGUCAAUGGACCCCGGCUGGAGAGUCUGGUGAUGACCUAUAUCAAUGCCAUCAGCAGCGGGGACCUGCCCUGCAUGGAGAACGCCAUCCUGGCCUUGGCCCAGAUAGAGAAUUCGGCUGCAGUGAAAAAGGCCAUUGCCCACUAUGACCAGCAGAUGGCUGAGAAGGUUGAACUGCCCACAGAAACCCUCCAAGAGCUCCUGGACCUGCACAUGGCCAGUGAGAAAGAGGCCAUUGAAGUCUUCAUCAAGAAUUCCUUCAAGGAUGUAGACCAUUUAUUUCAAAAGGAAUUAGCGGCCCACCUAGAAAAAAGGCGAGAUGACUUUUAUAAAGAGAAUAUGAAAGCAUCAUCGGAUCGCUGCUCAGCUUUACUUAAGGAUAUCUUCCAUUCUUUAGAAGAAGAUAUAAAGCAGGGGGUUUAUUCUAAAUCAGGAGGAUAUCGUCUCUUAAUACAGACUAUGCAGGAGCUGAAGAAAAAGUAUCUUGAGGCACCCAAGAAGGGAAUACAGAGUGAAGAAGUUCUUCACGCAUACCUGAGCUCCAAGGAGUCUGUGAUUGAUGCAAUUCUACAGACAGACCAGAAUCUCACAGAAAAGGAAAAAGAGAUCGAAGUGCAACGUGUGAAAGCUGAAUCUGCAGAGGCUGCAGCAAAAAUGCUGGAGGAAAUGCAAAAGAAGAAUCAGCAGAUGAUGGAGGAGAAAGAAAAGAGUUACCAGGAACAUCUGAAACAAUUGACUGAGAAGAUGGAGCAGGAGAGGGCCGAGUUAAAGGCAGAGCAAGAGAGGGCUCUGUCUCUUAAACUUAAGGAACAGGCCAUGUUACUAAAGGAAGGAUUCCAAAAUGAGAGCAGACAACUUCAGAGAGAAAUAGAGAAUCUCAAGAAUAACAUGGAAAGAAGAAGGAACAGAUGUAUCAUAAGCUAAAGACCUAAGGAAAAGAGCUUCACUGGUCACUCUACCCAAGGCAUAACUCAAGCAGUUUUAGAAACUUGAAAAAUGUCACAACUUGAGAAAACAUGACUCUCUUUAAGCUGAUAAAAGAAAUCUACAAAAAACCCUUCACCUAACAUACUUAAUGAUGGAAAACGAAAUGCUUUGCCCCUAACCCAGGAAAAAAGCAAGGAUGUGCAGUCUCUCCUCUCCAGGUAAACAGUAUAAUGAAAGGCUUCCUACAAUAAUGGAAAGAAAGAAGAAAGAAAGAAAGAAAGAAAGAAAGAAAGAAAGAAAGAAAGAAAGAAAGAAAGAAAGA